AUACAGAGAGACUGGAAGAAGCUCGUGCCACGGUUGCCGUCGCUAUAUCGACUCAAAACAUUGCACUCCAAGAGCCGCCUUACGAUCGGGGGUCAGCUAGCUCCGUCGCUUCCUUUGUUGGGCUAGGCCUCUUUCGUGGCUUUCUGUGGCAUGUCUUGUCGCGGGAACGUAAGUCCUCGAAAGUUGCACGUUCUUUGUCCGGUUUGUUGUGUUUUGGAGCUGUGCAUUGUUUCGGCCACAUCUUGAACGCGGCUAAGACUCGGCACUCUGCGACGGAAGAAAGAAACAUGGCUGGCUUCGGAGGGCCGCUUACCACGGAAUUUCUCCAGGUCUGAGGUUGUCAUGCCCCACGCGAGUGUGGCCGCGUGCUCUCAGGCAUGUAGCAUUUACUAGAGAGCGGUUUUCUGUGCCUGCAAACACUCUGUCCUCCUCAUAAUAGCUACCUCGCUGCGUUGACAGCCGUCAGUCAGUUCUGUCUUGUGGGAAUGUCUUUCCAACUACUGUUCGUGGCUACCACUCGUACCUCGAAAGGAAGGCUUUUAAAUGCUGCCAGGCGUCUGUAGUUUCCUCCAGUUUCCUUCUCCGUCGUUCUUCCGAGUAUUUGUCCUAUGCACACAGGUUCAGAAUUCGUCUACUUUUGGUGACACGUGAAGCACGCAUUUCCUCGUCAACUGCACUCUCCGUAGAAACCGCUGUUGGUCUUCGUCGAUACAUGUUCUUCCCACUGCUUUUUCUGCCUCUGUUUUUUCUCUCGUGUGUUCUUUGUUCUGUAUCGUAACCGACAACGGGUGUCGACGUCUCCGCAGAGCUCUAACGAUGUCAUAGAGCGCAUCCCGAGGUUUCGUAGUCCCACGUCGGCGUAGGAAAGGAUCGUUUCUUUACCCUCUUUCCUACCAGCUUCUCCUUUUCUUGUCUUUUUUCUGGUCAUGGCGGUGCAAACGGCGGUGGACGACCCGGAGGCUCCGGCUGAGGAUCAGCCGCUGCUCGGAGGUUCUCUGAAAAAGCCUUCCACGUAUCGUCAGUGUUGUUGCUGUGCUCUUGGCACAGCUGUGACUCUCUGGGCAGUGUUUUUGAUUGCUUUUUCUGUGUUUCUCGUGCUGGAUUUCAACAUCCGGGGAGCGGCCUUCACCUCAGGAGCUGUCCUGGGGCUAGUCACAGCGACGCUGCUGCUCUGUGCAGCGGGACAACAAAACGCAUUUAUCGCGUUCGUUUCUUUCUACCUUCAGAUUAUGGUCUACCUUCUGUGGGCACUUCAGAUGGCUCUUGCGGCGGUUUCUCUAUGGAAGGUCACGCACAGUUCUGCCUCUGUAGCGGGGAGAGAAGACUUCCCUCGUGUAACGCUGAGUCAGUACGCGGUCAUGACGGAUACGGUAUCUGACCAAAGUGGAACCAGACCCGUACAGGUUUAUCGGCAAGUGGAAGUUUCGUUUGCUUUGUACGAGGCAACGUUAUGUGCAUUCUACGCAGUGCAGUUGCUUCUUGCCCACUUCGUCUUGAGUAUGCUCUGGAGUUUCUACCGGGUUCUGCAAGCUGGAGGCACGGGUUUCGAGAAGCGAACGGCAGAAGAAAUCGAAGAAGAUGCCCUCUCAGCCCAGUUCCCGUCUUUUGCAGAAGAUACUCCGCGGUGACGGCGAAAAGAUACGGAGAGAUCGUGCAAAACGGGGUAGGAAAAUAUGCCCCCUGUUGGAACCUGCUGUCGUGUUUUGGCUCGGCGAAAAGCCCCCGUAAAGGCAGCUAGAGGAAACCCUACUCCAAGCUGACGACAUGAAGCAUCGACAGCUUUUCACGGAUAGAAACGCGACAAAGAAUGUUUUUUAUUUGAGUUUGGGUGCGGGAACGGGGCUCAAGUGUCGAAAUGUUGCCGAAGCCGUUUCGUCGAGUUUUUUUUACACAGCGUUCACCCGCUGAGGAACGGCCUGAAGCAGCACCUAUGUCUACUUUUUACUUUUGAAGGCUAGUGUUCUGGCGCAACAAUUCAGCAGUUUCACAAUUGUUUGAAGCCCCUUUGUGUACAGGAUAUUUCUGGGGGCGGUAUUUGCGUGCGGACCGUAUGCGCAACUUUAGAAAUACACAGGAUGUUACCAGGACAACCGAUGCAGGGACAUUAUACGUGGAGCAAGUGAAAGCUUUUUUCUGUCGCUUGGGUGCAAGGAGGCAUUUGCUUUCCAAGAUCACGGAAGUCGUUUAGACCAAAACAGUUCGUGUUCCUGUGCAGGCGUGUUUCCACAAAUUUCAAAUUCA